AUGACGCCGCGCUGGCCGCGACCCUGCUGGUCGCACGCGCCACGUCGCGUCCUGCUGACACCGCCGCCGCCCCUACAGCGUGCUGCCGCCCGCCCCGCUGGCCGUCCUGGCAGCCGCCGCCGCCGCGAGCCGUGGCCGCACGACGUGCUGAUGGCCGGAAUUGUCAACAAGGAGUUUCCUGAGUUGGCACAGACAGGGCUAAACUACCUGUCAUGGUCCUCGGACUGCGAGAUCUUUCUGCAGGGCAAAACCCUCCUGAGGGCGAUCGAUGAGUAUAUGGCUGAGCGCAGUGCUUCUGGCCUUUGGACCGCUCUUAAGCAGCGGUUUGAGCGGCUGAAGUACACUGUGAAGCCACGUGCAGAGGCGGAGUGGAUCCGUCUGAGGUUUGCGGACUUCAAGACGAAGAUUGAGAAAACCCUAUCCACUUUCCACCCCGACGCGGUCCAGUCCUCACGGAACUACCGCCAGGGGAACUACACGAGGUAUUCAGAGUUGAGUGACGUCCUCCAGGUGGCGGAGGCGCAGGACGAGGUUCUCAAAAAGAACUUUGGCGCGCAACCACUUGGGGGGAGUUCUCGCCAGGAGGUGAACGCUCUCGAAGUCCACAAGCGUCAACAGAAGAAGAGGGGCCAGAAGGGCAAGAAGAAGGGCCCUCACCCCCCCUCCGGCUAA